CUUCUGGUCAAAACACCAGCAGUCCACACAGAGAAACACAAGUGUCUAACAGCAUGAAGUGCCUGAACAACCGUGCAGGCAGCCACCUGACCGGACAGGUGGAGUGUGAGUUGGACAGUGUGAGUAAUGGGGCCUGGGUGAACCAGGGCUUCUGUGCCUCCCCACCGCCUCUGCCCAGAGCUGUAAGCACCAUCUACAACCCCCAGCCCCUCUUCCAGGGCUCCAUGGACAGCAUGUACAAAGUGGACACACUCGGCCCAUUCCCAGAGGAGCCACCAUGUACUGACCGAAGCCCGGAGAAGAAACAGAGAGGCUGCUGCUCAUUUAUCAAAGGCUUCUGGGGCACAACGCUGACUGAAAACACAUCAAACAACAGGGAACUAUUUGUACAAACCACGCUACGGGAGCUACUGGUCUAUCUGGUGUUCCUAGUGGAUAUAUGCCUCUUGACAUACGGUAUGACCAGCUCAAGCACCUACUACUACACUAAAGCCAUGACGGACCUGUUUGUGAAUACAGCUGGUGAAAGUGGGGUUAGGUUUCAGUCCAUUAGCACCAUGGCCGACUUCUGGACUUAUGCCCAGGGCCCGCUACUGGACGGCCUCUACUGGACUAAAUGGUACAAUAAUCAGUCCAUGGACAACGGAGACCAGUCCUUCAUCUACUAUGAGAACAUGCUGCUGGGAGUCCCUAGAAUGAGGCAGAUCAAGAUCUUGAACAACUCCUGCAAGGUCCACAAUGAUUUCCAAGAUGAGAUCAUAGGAUGUUUUGAUGUGUACAAUGAGAAGAAGGAGGACGACCUUAGCUUUGGUCUCAUCAAUGGCACUGCCUGGACCUACCACACAGAGAAACAAAUCAAAGGUUCCUCUCAUUGGGGAUUGCUGACUACAUACAGUGGAGCAGGAUACUAUCAAGACCUGAGUCAGACCAAAGAGGAGAGUGCCAUCAUACUGAAGGAACUGGUGGACAACCUGUGGCUUGACCGAGGUACUAGAGCGGCCUUCCUUGACUUCUCCACUUACAAUGCAAACAUCAACAUGUUCUGCGUCAUCAGGUUAGUGGUUGAAUUCCCAGCGACCGGUGGAGCAAUUCCAUCUUACCAGAUAAGAACAGUCAAAUUGAUUCGCUAUAUCACCACCUGGGAUUACUUCAUCCUCGGCUGUGAAUUGGUCUUCUGUUUAUUCAUCCUCUAUUAUGUUGUGGAGGAGAUUCUUGAGCUACGUAUACACAAGUGCUCCUAUUUCAAAAGCAUCUGGAACAUACUGGAUAUUGUUGUCAUAAUGCUCGCCAUCGUUGCUAUUGUAUUCAAUGUAUUCCGAACUGUCAAAGUGGACAAGUUGCUUGGCAAACUGCUGGAACAACCCAAAAUCUACGCUGAUUUUGAAUUUCUGGCCUUCUGGCAAACACAAUACAACAACAUGAAUGCAGUGAACUUGUUCUUUGCAUGGAUCAAGGUUUUCAAGUAUAUCAGCUUUAACAAGACAAUGACUCAGCUGUCCUCCACACUGGGUCGAUGUGCUAAAGAUAUCUUAGGUUUUGCCAUCAUGUUCUUCAUUGUGUUCUUUGCCUAUGCUCAACUUGGAUAUUUGCUCUUUGGGACAGAGGUUGAAUCUUUCAGCACCUUCGUCAAGUGCAUCUUCACACAGUUCAGGAUUAUUCUUGGAGAUUUUGAUUACAAUGCCAUCGACCGUGCUAACAGAGUUCUUGGGCCAAUCUACUUUGUCACCUACGUGUUCUUUGUUUUCUUUGUCCUACUAAACAUGUUUUUGGCCAUCAUAAAUGACACAUAUUCUGAGGUUAAAGAAGAGCUCUCAUCCCAAAAAGAUGAGCUACAGAUUACUGACAUCAUCAAACAGAGCUAUAUGAAAACAUUUACAAAGCUGAAGCUUAAAAAGGAGAAAAUAUCAGAUGUUCAGAAGGCGCUACGAUCUGGAUCUGGAGAAAUUGAAUUCAAGGACUUCAGAGAAACUCUGAAAGAGAUGGGACAUGCUGAUCAUGAAAUUUCUGCAGCCUUCUCACAGUUUGACCGUGAUGGGAACCACAUUCUCGAUGAAGCUGAACAAGAGAAGAUGAAAAUUGAACUGGAGGAAAAGAGGGAUGCUCUUUGCAGUGAACUCAAAAAACUGGGAAUGAAUUAUGAGAAAGAAUUACAGGAGAAACCUCCUGUAACAUCCAAUGAGCAAAAGAACCACUCCUGUAAUAACUUUGUGGAUCGGGAACAGUUUCUAAGACUGACCAGACAAGUUCACCACCUUGAAAGCUCUUUGGAUGGCAUCACAUCUAGGAUUGAGAUGAUUAUGGAAAAACUGGCAUUACAAGAAAAAGUUAAAGGGAAUGAAACGAGUGCUGAAACUGCCUCGGAUGGGAGUGUCCUAGUUUGUGUGGACAGAGGGAUGAAGGCUGAGAUGUCAUCAAGGAGAUCAACAGUCCGUACCAAGUCCACACGCGAUGGUCAAAUAUGAUUAACCUCUGAGAAACACAAUAAGUUAACUGGAAGUCAGUUGACACAUGAGGGUAAACAGGUAAUACGCUACACAACAAACAACAACUUUAAAUGUCUGAAAGGCCUCUUCAGGUUGAAAAUUACAGUUAUAUCUCCAAUAUGCUACUCAAAGUAUGUCAUGGCAAUAUUGAACACUUUGCUUCAGCUGCUCAUUUCAUGAAAUAUGUAUAUACUGUAUAAACAUGUUUUUUUGAAAUUCUUUGCUUAGUAGAUGACUGCAGUACUAGAGCUAAUAUAAUAAACUGGUUAAAGUUUAAGCUCAGAUAUAUACAAUGUAUGUUGUAGAGGAGGAGUGAAUAUAAAUCUACAUAUUAUUAGUGUUGUGCAAUAUACAUUUAUUUCAACAGUAGGUUAGAAGAAAAAAGUUAAGCAAUAUAAUCUAACAUUAGGCAGUGUAUAUGCCACCUAACAUCUGACUAAGUGAAUUCUUGCUUUGCUUAAGUCUUUGAAUAUCUAUGAAUGUUCAUGUUUCCCAAAAAUAUGUAAAACGUAAAUUAAAAACAAAAUGCAACAAUUUACAAAUCAUGUUCAACCUAUAUUCAAGUGAAUACAGUAAAACAACAAGUUAUUUAAAGCAGCUUUAAGGAACUUCUGAGGAAAAUGAAUUAUGGUCGACCCAGUGGAGAAAAGCAGCAGCGUUUCCACCGCCUCGUUUUAUUGAUUUUGAACAUGACCUGACUGAACGGCAGGCAUGAAGAAUACCUAUAUAAAAAGUCCAACCUUGCUGAUGGUCUUGUUUGUUUAUGCAGAUCAUAUAAAGGCAUCCGUAUGAAACCGAGACAAAUUCACAACCAGGUAAAAACUCAUGAUAGAACAUGUAAUAAUCUCAACUGAAUAUACAGAGGGGUGACAAAUUAAAGGAAUAAAUGAGUGUAGAAAUGUAAUGCAGCACUGCAUAGUACAGUUAAGCAUGACCUGUGGCAUGUAUAAAAAGGCUGAUUUGAUUCCGAUUUUAUACCAAGAUGGCAAAAGGAAGAGAUCUAAGUGACUCUUGAAGAUGGUUCAUUGUUGGGGCACGAAUGGCAGGAGCUUAACUUCAAUAGAAACGGUAACAAAUGUAACAUCUGCAUUUAGAAGGAAGAUUGAAAUGGUACCUGUAAAACAUUGGACAUUGUAGUCGACAGCAUACAUUUGAUGGCCGCUCAUGUAUUAGUGCGAUAUGUAAUUAAAACAGAAGAGCAAUUCUUCCUCAGAUUAUGGAGAAUGUUAACGCAGGACAUUGACAAGUACAUAUGAAGAGAUAUUAUAGAAGGGUUACAAAUGCAUGUGGGGCGUACACCAAGUGAACAACGGUACAGGCCUGCAUGAUGACCCCUAGUGUGAGAGGGCUGUGAGGGAAACGUCAGCGCAAAUCAAUCCUAAAUGAAACACUAACUGUGUUCAUCCUUAGAGUAGAGUUUCACAGACUUGAAUCACUGGAAUCAAUGUUGAGGAGAGCUGAAGCUGUUCUGGUGAGAAGUGUUGGCCCAACACCAAACUAAGGCACUUGAUGUUUUUUUCUGUAAUUGUCAAUGAUUUGUAGGUUGAAAGGAUUUCCAAUGGAUUGUAUCCUACUUUGAUUUACGUUUUACACCAGGUCAUAACUUAUUUUUGGAAAUGGGAUUGUAUUACAGUUGCUCAAAAGUUAUUAGCCUCUUGACUUUAUAUGUAAUACAUAGUUCAAUAAUUAUUCAUCAUCUUUUUUUGUUUUUUUCAAAUAUUUGAUAAAUAGUGUCUACAGCUCUGCAUUAAACAUAUAUUUCCAUUACAUUAAAUAUAACUGGAUCCAAUGGACUGGAUACUCUUAGUCAUCUUCACACUUUCUAACAUUACUGCAAACAAAAAGGGUAAAAUAGGUUUUGAGCAAAUUAAUAGAAAAUACAUGGUGUCUAUUGUUAACAUUCACUGUGUCUGUUAGAAUGACUAAAUUAUUUUACACUACAAUUUAUGCUUUGUUGUCAGAACUUCUAUGUAAAGCACAAAUUAUUCAUGUCUAAUAAAUGUACUGGACA